AUGGCUGGUAUCACGCGUAUUGAGAAACUAUCUUACGCCACUCAGACUUUGCCAAUUUCAGGUUUUUACGCAUCGACUCCGCAGCUGGAUUUGAACUUCGUAUUGCAAUCCUGCAAGGGCUUCGAUACCGAAAGCAGCAGCGGAUUUGGCAACAAUAGCGACUGCUCGUCUUCGAGAACGAAUUACUUCCCUCAUAGCCGCGUGAGAAAUACCUAUUAUCCGAAGGGCGCGUACACCGAGAGCAAGCCCUUCAGUUGUCCAAAAUGCGGCCGGUGCUUCACUGUCAAGGGCAAUAUGACCAGGCAUUACAAGUACGAGUGCGGUCAGGAGCCGCGCUUCCAGUGUCCUUAUUGCGAGUUUCGAAGCAAGCAGACGUCCAACGUGAUGUCACACAUCAGAACCAGGCAUGCCGGUCAAAAGGUUUAUGUAGUGCAUCUCAAAUGCGAGGACAAAUAGAGCUGAAGAACGGCCGUAUGGGACGUUGCAAUCUUGCGCAAUAAUAAUAAUAAUAAUAAUAAUUUUCACGACUCGAGGAACGAGCGGGGAACCGCACUCGUGCGAAUGGAACGAGUCGUUUGGAAAUUUUUAAUUUUCACCAAACAGGUUUUACUUGAUGACGUUUCUCGCGUCAUUGAAUCGCGUCGUGCAAUAUUGAUCGAAAAAUCAUUUUAAAAAAUUACGAUCACGUAGCGAUCGAUAUUAGUUGAGUUAAAUCAAACAUAUAAUUACUACUCGUGAUUCUACGUGACGAGAUUGUCCUCACGAACGUCCUUAGCUAUUAAUAAUUUCACGAGCACGGUGCGGUUCCUACGUCGCAUGAUGUUUAAUCAAAUACCGAUUGCAAUAUCAGAUGCAACAGCAGCGCGGAUAUUCGUUAGCAAUCACUUAAUCGAUAUGAUAAGACGCAACGUGACGAAUCCGUCGUCGUAGAGAUCUGCUGCUGAUGAAGCGCGAAACAGCAAAACCGUGUAAAAGAUUUGUAGCGGCUGGAAUAGUGGGACUCAGUAUUAUCGUCAGAUAUUCUCUCCGUCUUUACACGUUACGAAAUAUCUCCAUGCUUAGCAGUUAAUGAGCCGGCGCGCGGAACUUGUCGAUGUGCUACGUGGAAUUACGACAGUUCGGAGGAACCGACACCUGUUAGUUGUCAGUGCGGCCUCGUGAGGCGACGUGACGCUUCCGAGAGUCUUCUACGCGAGGGAAGGAAGGAGGUCGCUACAGCGCGAGCACAUUCCGAAUUUCAGCAGCAUUCGCGCGCUAUCCAAUAAGCAAUCUUUCGAUUAUUAGGGGCUUUAAGAGAAUCGUAUGUUUUUUAAAACGUAGAUGUAUACCUUCGAAGAUUCAGGUUGUGAGGUUGUGACGAUGGGGGGGGGUUGACACGAGGAAACAUUUGCGUGCGUCUAAAUGUACCAGGAUCGAUCAGACUGCUAGAUGAGAGACGCCGGCGUGCAUGUUAUCAUGUUAGCGAGGAAUCGUCGAUCUUGUAGUCGACAAGCCGAAAUUGUUAUUGACGACGAGCGGCGCGGCGAGCGAUCAUUCGUCGCGCCCGUGCGUCACGAAGACUGAAUUGUUACUAACGGGGAGCCAGAAAGUCUGAGAGAACAGGGUUUUAAGCGGUCGGAACAAACGUAGUUAAGCCUUCUGUUUAGUCACGAUGGUAGAGUCACGCGCAUUGCCGUGACGUUUCGUUUUUUUUAAACAUGAAGACGCAUCGGUACACCUCUGGGACACCUAAAUAGCAAUCGGUAAUAAUAGAAUGUAUCUCACCUAUCAGCAUCGCGAGAAUAGAAUUGAAGUGGAAGUUGCUCUUCAUGUGUGCGGGAACGCAAGUUUGUCACACGUUUUUGGUUCUUUCGCGAUUUAAUUGUCGCGGCACGUGCCUGCUAUUAUUAUUUUUUUUUUUGCAUCCGUAUCGCAUCCGCGCGAAUGGAAGGGUCUCUCCCUGGAGACACGAAACACGUUAGUGGCCGACUGUUUUUGUUGCUGUGAUAUAAUUAUUCGUGUAGCGAUAUAAGUGUAUUCGAAUAUAUUUGACUAAGUGCAUACGCGAGACGAUAGCAUAUUGAACGAACGUUGUCCAUCGUCGCGCGUCGUAGAAACGUUCCCAGGUAGCACGCGUUCGUUUCAUGUACGUUUCGUAAACGUAUUUUUUAACGGGAUUAAUAAACAUCGAUAAGAAACGUUUUAAAACCAUAGUUUGUAUUUUUCAUGUUUUAACAGAUGUAACAAAAAUUAAUGUUUUAAUUCAAAAUUUUAUAUACAUAUAUAUAUAAUUAUUAUUACCGUCACUACAGAUGUUAAUAUCUAUUUUCAAAUAUACAAAUGCUCCUUUUCAAAAACACAUUAAUUAUAUGUUAAUUAUAUUGUUGUUGAAUAACAGUAUAAUUAAAAUAUAAUAAAUGCUUAUUAAUAAACUAAAUUAUAGAGUAUUAUCAAUUAUAAAAAGAAUUAUAAUUAGAAGCAGAUUUAAGAUUUUUAUUAGAUAUGAUCAUUGCUUUUUUGUCUUGCGUGCGUGUACACAUCUAUAUAUAUUUACGCAUAUAUAUGUUUUUAUUAAAAUUGAAUAAAUUAUAAAAAAUUAUACAUAUGUAUAAUAUAUGUAUAUUAUUUUAUUAAUUCCGUGAAAAAGCAUACUUUUCACGAAUAAAAAUAUAAACGGUAUUUUGAUCGCUUUUUAAAAUGUUUUUUCUUUGAUCAGAAAAGAAACGUUUUUUUUCCCGUAUCUAUUUUAACUAAUCAGAAAUGUUUUUAAGAGCUAAUUAUGAAACGUUUCAAAGAAACGUUUGUAAAUUGUUUGUUUGUUUUUGAAACGGAGACAUGCUACCUGGGAACUGUUCUUCAAUACGUUCCGUUAGGUCUUCUUACGGAUUAAGUUGUUUGCGUACUUUUAGGAUAUCGAGCAAGUUUUCGCGAGCAAGGGAUCUUAUUCGCACGGGGUAUUUUGACGAAUGCAAACAAUUUCCAGGGCUGCGAGGCCCGCGUUCGAGCUUCGUAAAACGCGUACGUCAAGAUACCCUACGGUUCCUGGCCGAUUAGGAACGCAACAUGUUUUCACCGUAUAUCAAUAGCGAUUUCCCGCGGUACGUUUUAUGAUCCUAUAUCGUCGCUGUGGAAAUGUAAUAUAAAAAUAAAUUUGAUGUUCGGACACCCUA